AUGUCGCAGAAGGUCGUUGUGGCAUCUGGAUACUUCGAUCCUUUGCACUACGGCCACAUCGAGUACCUGCAGCGGUCCAGGGAUCUCGGUGACAAGCUCAUCGUCAUCGUCAACAACGAUGUGCAGGCUGCCGCUAAGAAAGGCCAGCCAUUCAUGCCAGCGCGAGAGCGAGUAAAGCUUGUGCGGUCCCUGGCCUGUGUCGACGCAGCCAUCGAGGCUAUCGAUCAGGACCAAACAGUUCAAAGAACCCUCAGACUAUUGCAUCCGGACAUCUUCACCAACGGUGGGGAUAUCAGGAACGAGGAUGUUCCAGAGGCAGAUGUUUGCAGAGAGCUUGGUAUCAAGCUGGUAGACGGCUUGGGAGACAAAGUUCAGUCCUCGUCCUGGCUCAUAAGCAAGAUCUCGAAUCCUGCAGUCAAUGGCACUUCAGGCUACACAUCACCUCCAGGCUGA